GUCGAAAUGAGCUGAUAGCUCGAUACAUAAAGCUUCGAACUGGGAAGACGCGUACCCGCAAACAGGUAUCUAGUCACAUUCAAGUUUUGGCACGUAAGAGGGUACGUGAAUACCAGGCAAGCAUCAAGGUCUCUAGUCACCUGCAAGUGUUGGCCAAGAGAAAGUCUCGUGAAUUUCAGUCUAAGCUGAAGGCCAUGAACUUGGAUCAGGUAUCCAAAGACAAGGCACUCCAGACAGUGGCCAACCUUUCGUCAGCUCAGAUUGUGUCAGCGAGUGUAAUGAAACCUCAGACUCCCUUCCCUCCACCAGUCAGAUACUGGCCCGGCCCUGUACCAGGACAACCUGGACAUUCUCAGGACAUCAAGCCCUUUGCACAGCCUCCAUACACCACCCUACCAGCGCCUGUCCCGCCACCCAUCAGUUAUGAGACGUUGCCGCCGCCUCGGCCUACAGCCAUCGCCGCUCCUGUGUGGCAAGACAGAACCAUCGCUUCAGCAAAACUACGCCUACUUGAGUAUUCUGCUUUUAUGGAGACUCAAAAAGAGAGAGAGACGUAUAAACACCUUUUUGUUCACAUCGGACCGUCAAACCCAGGCUACAGCGACCCGGUUUUGGAGUCUAUAGACGUGAGGCAGAUUUACGACAAGUUCUCGGAAAAGAAAGGCGGUCUGAAGGAGCUGUAUGAGAAGGGGCCUCACAACGCGUUCUUUCUGGUCAAGUUCUGGGCGGAUCUGAGCGGCGACAUCGAGGAGGGCUCUGGCGCGUUUUACGGAGUGAGCAGCCAGUACAGCGGCACGGAAAACAUCACCAUCAGCGUCUCCACCAAGGUUUGCUCCUUCGGAAAGCAGGUGGUGGAGAAGGUCGAGACAGAAUACUCCCGAUUAGAAGGAGGAAAGUACAUGUUCCGCAUCCAUCGCUCUCCCAUGUGUGAAUAUAUGAUCAACUUUAUCCACAAACUCAAACAUCUGCCAGAGAAAUACAUGAUGAACAGCGUUCUCGAGAACUUCACUAUUCUGCAGGUGGUGUCCAACAGAGAGACCCAGGAGACUCUGCUGUGCAUCGCCUUUGUGUUCGAGGUGUCCACGAGCGAACACGGCGCUCAGUACCACGUUUAUCGCCUCGUUAAUGACUAGCAGAGCAUCCGGUGCAGAGACUCGUCAGACUUUUGAUACAAACAGCUUAAAACAACACUAUGUCCAGCUCGGCACACAGAGCCCCGACUCCUUUUACUCUGAACACAUUUUUUUUUUUUUUUGUCGUUUCUGUUUUUUAAUUAGACCAACCGUCACACUGUAGUCGUACCUUUCGCUCAUUUGAAAUAUAAAUUUUUCACUUGGCAAAGUAAGAAAAAAAGGCAACAUCCCAGAAUGCACCAACGGUCAUCGAAAUGUUUUAGGUCCAGCGUCUGCUUUGUUUGCUUUCUGAAUUAGAAACAUGACCUAUUGACACGGAGUAAAACACUGCAGGCAAGACAAGACAAACCGGCAAGAAACUAGGUCAAGGACUUUUUAUUGCGUUUAAAACAUUUUAAACAAUGUGAUCGAUGCUGUAGUAAAGCCUGUUUUUACAUCCUAGGAAAGACUGACGUGAGACGAGUUUAAGUAUACUUUUUCUAAACGAAUGAUUUUAACGAGUUUCAUUGUAACCUGCCCCGUUGGCCUUUUUUUUUUUUUUAUUAUUAUUAUUUCUGUAUCUUUGAAAGGUACAUAUUCUGUUACGUGAAAAUCAUGGACUUUAUAAUCAGUUUGAUCAAAGAUAGGAUGAUCUUAUUGCAGAGAGUCUGCCUCGUCUCGGACAAUAAUGCACUACAUGUAGAGACGUGCAUGUCGUAUUUAUUAUUUUUUUUAAACACUAUAAUAAUGUAAGGAGAGCGCGAUAAUAUAGAAGCAUUAGGUAAAUUGUUUUCAGUGGUACAUACUGCGGAGGUAAAAUUUCCAAGGACAAUGGCUCCAAACGGUUUGGCAAUAACAAAGUUCAAAUUAUAUUCACAUUUUUAUUGAUAAAACCUAUUUUUUUUUUUAAUGCUUCAUAAACAAACGGCUGUCUUUACUCUGACUGUGUGGGCUUGCUGGAGUAUUUCUACCUCCGCAUGAGUUAAAGAUAAAAAUGUGCUAAGCUGGGGAGCACUGAUGUAUAGGAUGUGUACACUACAUUUGCAAUGGUACUAUGUUUAAGCCAAAACAGUAAGAUGUGUUUUGUAAGGUAUUUUGUUUUUUUGUAUUUCACCAACACAGUGAGAAAACAUGGUAAAUGAUUGAUUUUUAUAGGUUGGAUCUUGAUGUAUGUAUGGUACAGACUACAUUGACAUCACCCUAAGUGCAUUUGGGUAGAUUUUUACACGUCGACACUAACAAACUCUCUGACACUUUUAUCUUUUGUAAAAUAUAUUUAGUAAACUGGUAUGCAUGGCUUUCACCCUCUUUUUAUAUAUAUAUAUUAUAUAUAUUAUAUGACACCAACAUACCUAUUGCUGGCCUGAUUAACUAUAACAUGAGACGACUGAUUCUGUUUUAAAUAAAUAUGGCUGAUAUUCAAUUUUCACUAUGGAGUCGACACAAAGUGCUGCGUUUGUGCUAUCCGUCUUUGCAUUACGAUUCCUUUUAUUCAGUUCCUCACAAAAGAUUAAACAUGUGCCUUUAUGCUGUGCCUGUAAGUUCACGUUUGACCCGGGCGGAGAAGACAAGUUAGCAUUUUUAGCAGAUUUUAUAAACCAAAAAUCUGGCUUCUAUAUGAAUUAUAUUUAGUGUUCAGGGUUUGAAGUGUCUGUGGUGUUGGUAUCAAAGGGAAAACUUGAUAUCAGAGCGUCUGGGUCGGUGUCCAUUACCAUACAAAUGUAUUCAAACCCCAUGAUCACAUUUUGUUAGAUUGCAACUAGAAAGUUCAAUGUCUUUUUUUUUUUAUUUGAUAGUUCAAUACGAAGUUUGCUAUAGUUGUGUAGUAAAAUGAAUUUGCUAGUUCCAGCUGCAGGGCUUUUGAGGCACGUCUUUCAGUUCCUAACGUCUUUUAGUUUCCCUACGCUUAGCUUGGAUCCUCUGACCAGCUUGCCCGUCCUUGUAAAACGAAAGGAUUCUCAUGUCAUGAUACUUGGCACCAUUUUCCCUCACAUUAAAGGAGCAUUGCGCAAGUUUAAAGUUUGUUUUUUUUUUUUUUUUUUUUUUUUUUUUUCCCCCAUAGUUGGCUGAAUCUCCUGGGCGUACGCGUGGGUGUGACGCGCUGCGCUCUCGUGCCAUUGGCUUCUGUGUUGAAUCUCCGCCACCAAUUGACACAUUAGCAAGAGAACGAGGGCUAACUUCAAUAUUUAUAACUUUCUUGCCUCAGAAGACAUUACGACCCUAAACAAAAGACCAGUGCAGUCGCAGCGACAGAUGCUUUUCCUUUUCUUCCAUGCGUGUGCACAACACUGAUGUCGUUUCAACUUGUCACCAGAGGGGGACAGACUUUGCAAAAACUCUGGGAACUUGUGCUCUGCUCCUUUAAGGCCACUAAAUUCAAGCUUUGUUUGAUCUGAGCAUAACACCUUAUUCUUCUUGUUUUCCUACGUACCUUAUGGCAGACUGUAGUUAUAAAGACUUUUUCCUGCCACUUUUCCUUAAAAGCCAGAUAUGAGAAGGUCAUAUUUUCCCUCAGGAGAGAUUUUCCCAGCUGAGCCGUGGAUCUUUGCAGCUCCUCCAGUGACCACAGACCUUGUGACUGAAUUUCUGAUUCUUUAGGCUGACGACUUUGUCUCAGAAGUCUUACAGUUUUACAAUAUCCUUUUCAUACUUAGCUGACGGAUUGAACGUUUCUAUUAGACAUCCAAAGCUUUAGAGCAGGGGUCACCAACAUGGUGCCCGUGGGCAUCAAGUAGCCCUGGAGGAUCACAUGUGGUGCCCACG